UUUAGUGUUAUAUUAAUCAUUAAUUUGUUGUGAUAAAGGGAGAUAUCUUUAAACUAUAUUCCAAAUUAAAAAAUUAAAUACCGUUUAAAUUUUUUGUGUGCGUUGCGUUAGAUAAAUAAAAAGUUCUGUUUUGUGGUUAAAUGUGAAGUAGGGACAAUGUAUUUGUUACUUUUCAUACCCCUGUUUACAAAAUUAACAAUAGGUCUUGAUAUUCAAUCAAAAACAUUGUACGGAAAUAUUGACGAUAUUGGAAAAAGUUCGAAAACGAACAUUCUUGAUGCUCCCUCAGAUAGUGCGCCUUACAAUGGAGAAAUUCGCCGAAAAAGAAGAGAGGUCGAAAGUAGUUCAUCGGGUGUAGUGACAAAGGCUAACUACCUGUACGUGUCUCAGAAACAGUUGAUGGUACAUUGGGUGGGAGAAAACAGCAAGGUAAUCAUCUGUUUGGCUCGCGAUCCUGCAUCCAUAGUACCCGACGUUCCUUCCGCAGUUUUUAUAUCUUACGACGAUGGUGAUACCUACCAAAACAAAACAGAAAGCUUCAAUCUGCCCGACGGUGGAUACGCUACAUUGGAGAGGUUUUACAGUCAUGCCAAACUCGGUGCGCAUUUUGUGUUUACAGACAUCAAGCACAAUGCAAUAUACGUCACAACUGACUAUGGAAAAACUUUCGAAAGGAGAGAUUUGAAUUUCACGCCGUCGGAAAUAUCUUUUCAUGGAUUGAAUCCGUCGAUUUUUGUUCUUUUGGACAAAAAUACCACAAAACAUAAGCUCUGGAUAACAGAAGAUUCCGGAAAAUCAUUCCGAAUGGUAGAGGAAUCUGUUAAGGCAUUCUAUUGGUUAAAAGAAGCGAACGACCAAUACCGUCUUGUAGUGCAAAGGUCUGAACCGAAUGAUUUGAGCACAAUUCUUCUUUCAAUGAAUUUGUUUAAAAAUAGAGAGUCUCAAAUUUACAUUUCAAAUGUGACUGAUUUCUUUAUUAAAGGAGACUAUCUUUUUAGUACAAAAUAUAAUGAAAAGGGAGAGCUGCAACUAUACGUUUCUUACAAGUUAGGUGCCCAACUGUUAUGCAUCUUCGAUUCCAAAGAAAAAUUCAAAAGUUACUUCAUCGUCGAUGUGACCAAUACCAAAGCUCUUGUUGCAGCAGGUCACUCGAACACGACAUCUCAUUUAUACGUGUCGGAAAGUUUAGCUGGCAAUGGAAAAGAGGUCAAAUUCACGUUGUCCUUGGAGGAUCUUUUCGUCUUUUUUCCUUCAACUACUUGGCAAGACACUUGGCUCCACCACAAGUCAGAACAAGCAUUUGCAGAUGUUUAUAAAGUAGAAGGUCUGACAGGUAUUUACAUAGCGUCGAGAGUUACGUCGAAACCAGUUGGGGCUCAUCUAGGACCUCAACAUUUGGGAUCAGUCAUUACUUUCGACCAUGGAACGACUUGGAGAUUAAUUCAGCCACCUGCUCUCAAUGCAGAAGGUCAAUGGUCAGGUUGUGUAACUAGGAGAAAUUGUUCGUUACAUUUAAGUCAGAAAUUCAAUCAGUUAUUGCCUGAUACUAGAUCAGUGGGAAUCUUAUCCAGUAAAUCAGCACCUGGAUUUAUUAUGGCUACAGGUGUCUUAGGAGAGAAUUUGAAAAACCAAUAUGGAAUAUAUAUAAGCUCGGAUGGUGGAGUAACAUGGCGACAAACACUAAGAGAAUUAUACUUUUUCAAUAUGGGAGACCAUGGAGGUAUUCUAUCCGCUGCAAAAUAUUAUAAAACAAAUGAAGAAACUCGUCACAUUGAAUAUUCUACAGACGAAGGCCGAAGUUGGUAUCAAACAGAAUUCAAUAAUGAAAAAUUAAGAUUAUACGGUUUAAUGACAGAACCAGGCAAAAAUACUACUCUUUUCACUAUUUUUGGAUCUUUACCAGAAUACCACCAAUGGAUUAUCGUUAAAGUUGACUUCGCCAAAGUAUUUGAACGUAAAUGUACGAAAGAUGAUUACAAUAUGUGGUCUCCUAGCCACAGUGAAGACAUUCGAAAUUAUAUUCCAUGUGAAAUGGGCUUGCAAGUGGCCUAUCAAAGAAGAAUGCCAUUGGCAAAAUGUCUAAACGGCUUGGAUUACAUACAACUCAAAUCUACAGUUGUAUGUGAAUGCGAUUUGCUUGAUUUUGAAUGUGAUUCUGGAUUUGCAAGAGUUGGUUCCCCACCACGCUGUAUUCGGGACAAAUCUUCGUCACUUGAUGUAUACAGAGUUCCAGCUCCGUGCAAACCAGGCAACUUUUACAACCGUACCAAAGGCUACCGUAAAAUAGCCGCAGAUAGUUGUGUAGGCGGCUUUGAAUCCCACUACCUUCCAGAUAUAGUUCCCUGCCCUUUCCACGAAGAGGAUGAUUUCCUUCUAUUUGCUCAAAGGGAAAACAUUUUCAAGUAUAACUUAAUACGUAAUAAUUUAGAGCAGUUAGCGGUGCCAAAUUUGAAGAAUGCAGUCGCAAUAGAUUUUGACAUAGCAGACAAUUGCGUUUACUGGUCAGAUUUAACCGAUAAAAAUAUUGGACGACGAUGUUUCGUUAACGGAAAUGCUACAGAAAUUUUAGUGUCAGACGAUAUAAUAUCAGUCGAAGGUAUAGCCUUUGACUGGAUAUCCAAAACUUUGUAUUUCGUUGAUAGCGUCCGUGCCAAAAUUGGACUUAUUAGAACGAACACAAAUCAUAACGGAAGAAUGAGGAGAACGAUUUUGAAUUCAACGGUUUUAACUAAACCGAGAGGUAUUGUUGUACAUCCCAGCCAAGGAUACAUGUUUUGGACGGAUUGGUUCCCCCACGCCCCUUCAGUAAAUCGAGCUAAUUUGGACGGAAGCAGCAAUAUGACUCUUUUUGGAAGAGAUAAAGUUCAGACGCCUAAUGGUAUUGCAAUCGAUUAUUUCGCCAAUAGGUUAUACUGGAUAGAUGCUGGACUUGAUUACAUAGGUAGCUCAGAUUUACACGGUGAUGGUUUCGUAAAAGUGGUUUCAAAUACCGACGUGGUUUCCCAUCCAUUUGCCAUAGCUGUCUUUAAAGAUAAUUUGUACUGGGAUGACUGGAGGCUACACUCUAUAUUCAGUUCAGAUAAGGAGAAUUUUAAUGGCGCGCAAGUAAUAUUAAAAGAGAGAAAAAGUCUUAUGGGCCUUAAGGUAGUUCAACAUGGAAUUCAAAUAGGCACAAAUGCCUGUGCCAAUACAACAUGUCCGUAUAUUUGCGUCGGAUUACCCAAGAACCGAGCAGCUUGCCUUUGUCCUGAUGGAUUAACAAUGAAUAACGGCAAAUGUGUGUGUCCAGGAAAUUUAGAACCAUUGGCCAACUUUACUUGCCCAAGCGUUGCCCCAACUUGUGCGCCUUCAUUAUUUAUGUGUGGAGAUGGAAGAUGUUUGCCUAAUGGUUUUAGAUGUGAUGGUGACUUCGAUUGCAUUGACGGGUCCGACGAAGGUAACUGCCCUCUUCCAAACUGCCCUGAAGGAUCAUUUCAAUGCGAAAACGGAAGAUGUAUACAUUCAUCGUGGCGAUGCGAUGGUGAACAUGAUUGUGGAGAUAGAUCAGAUGAGAAAAAUUGCACUGAUGGAAAACCGAUCAUUUGUAAAUUUUACGAAUUUCAUUGUAAUAGCGGUGCAGUAAGCUGCAUACCCGCAGUAUGGAGAUGCGACGGAGAAGCUGAUUGUACCGAUCGUUCCGAUGAAUCUUCAUGUUCUAACAACACCUGCAACGACUCGCAGUUCUCUUGUGGAAUUCCAUCGAAUCGUUGCAUAUCCAAAAAUUGGGUAUGUGACGGCGAGAAAGAUUGCAUUGAUGGCAGAGACGAAGCUAAUUGCACGUUAAAUGGUCGGAAUGAGACAUGUCUAGACUGGAUGUUCCAGUGUAAAGACCAACAUUGCAUACCUUUCUGGUGGAAAUGUGAUGGCAACAAUGAUUGCGAGGAUAAUAGUGACGAGGAAGGCUGUUCAUCUCCACCGAAUUCGCCUAUUGACAAUACGACAUCACAGAGACCCCUUGAAAGAUGCAAUGGAAGCAAUGAAUACCGGUGUGCUACAGGUGAUUGUAUUUUAGCUUCUUGGGUAUGCGAUGGUCAAGCUGAUUGUCCUGAUGAAACGGACGAGUUGUCUUGUGAUGAUAAGUUACCCGAUGGAUCUGGUACUCCUAAUUGUACCUUUGGAAUGUUUCCAUGCAACGAAACUUGCUAUCCAUUAUCUCUUGUUUGUGAUGGAAAGAUCGAUUGUAAAGAUGGUUACGACGAGAAGAAUUGUUCAACAAUUGGCGCAGCACAUCCGCCUAUUGACAAUCCGACAUCACACAGACCCAAUGCCACGUGCGAAAGCAAUGAAUACCAGUGUAAUACAGGCAAUUGUAUUUUAACUGCUUGGUUAUGUGACGGCGACGCAGACUGUAUCGGAGGAGAAGACGAGAAAAAAUGUGAAACUUCCGUAAACUGUUCCAGAUCUGAAUUUAAAUGUCAAAUCUACGGCAGUUGUAUUCCGGCAACUGCUGUUUGCGAUGGUCUUGUUGAUUGUCGUGAUAAAACGGACGAAUUAUCUUGCGAUGAUAAGUUACCUGAUGGAUCUGGUACUCCAUCAUAUCCGCCUAUUGAUAAUCUGACAUCGCAAAGACCAAAUGUCACAUGCGAAAGCAAUCAAUAUCAGUGUGAUAGAGGUAAUUGUAUUUUAGCUUCUUGGGUAUGUGACGGCGACGUAGACUGUACCGGAGGAGAAGACGAGAAAGAUUGUGACACCUCUGUAAAUUGUUCCAAAUCUGAAUUUAAAUGUCAAACCGACGGCAGAUGUAUUCCGGCAACUGCUGUUUGCGAUGGUCUUGUUGAUUGUCCUGAUAAAACAGACGAAUUAUCUUGCGAUGAUAAGUUACCUGAUGGAUCUGGUACUCCAUCAUAUCCGCCUAUUGAUAAUCUGACAUCGCAAAGACCAAAUGUCACAUGCGAAAGCAAUCAAUAUCAGUGUGAUAGAGGUAAUUGUAUUUUAGCUUCUUGGGUCUGUGACGGCGACGUAGACUGUACCGGAGGAGAAGACGAGAAAGAUUGUGACACCUCUGUAAAUUGUUCCAGAUCUGAAUUUAAAUGUCAAACCGACGGAAGAUGUAUUCCGGCAACUGCUGUUUGCGAUGGUCUUGUUGAUUGUCCUGAUAAAACGGACGAAUUGUGUUGUGAUGAUAAAUUACCUGAUGGAUCUGGUACUCCAUCAUAUCCGCCUAUUGACAAUCCGACAUCACAAAGACCCAAUGCCACGUGCGAAAGCAAUGAAUACCAGUGUAAUGCAGGCAAUUGUAUUUUAGCUGCUUGGUUAUGUGACGGCGACGCAGACUGUAUCGGAGGAGAAGACGAGAAAAAUUGUGACCCCUCCGUAAAUUGUUCCCGAUCUCAAUUCAAAUGUCAAACCGACGGCAGCUGUAUUCCGGCAACUGCUGUUUGCGAUGGUCAUGUUGAUUGUUCUGAUAAAACGGACGAAUUGUCUUGUGAUGACAAGUUCCCUGAUGGAUUUGGUGCUCCUAAUUGUACCUUUGGAAUGUUUCCAUGCAACGAAACUUGCUAUCCAGUGUAUCUUCUUUGUGAUGGAAAGAUAGAUUGUGAAGAUGGUUACGACGAGAAGAAUUGUUCAACAAAAGCGAGAGUCUACCAAAUCAAUAAGAUGGAAGUUGACGAAAGGUUUACAAAUGCUAGUACGAUAUACAUUAAUUGGUGGAUUGUUCGACCAACCGGGCUAGAACUUGAAUACCAACCUUCUAUCAAAAAAAUUGGGGACGAACAUUGGAGAAACGAAAGUUGGAUUGGUCAGCCUUACUAUCAAUUUACCAACCUACAACCGUUCACCAAAUAUAACAUGACUGUAUAUGUUAGGAUCAAGAACACACACGUAGUCUUCCCACCGGCGAUAUAUAAUGUUUCUUCCACGAGCGAGUCAAUUCCAAGUGAACCGUGGAAUGUUUCCGCUAGGCAAAGAAAUGGUUCACACAUAUUGAUAUCAUGGAAUAAGCCACGGUCUCCUAAUGGACUUAUUGUUUCUUACGAACUGUGCUGGAUAUACCCAAAUUCAGCUGAGAUCAGGCUUAAAUUAUCUGGCAAUGAAACCUCACAUAUGCUUUCACAAGACUUUGACAACGGGCUUAACUACACCUUCUGGGUGAUUGCUCGUAAUAGAAAAUUCGAAAGUAAAAAGUCUCUACCGGCUACAUUAAUGUUUGAUGGAACAUCAAAUAUAGAAGGUGUUAAAAAUAUUAAAGUAAAAGAAGAGGAUGACACCAUUUCACUGACGUGGGAUUACAGUAAGGAAGUAGAAGGAUUUGAUGUAAGGGUAUUUACAGAUAGACCAUAUCCCAAUCUACCUCCUAGAACCACAUCAACUAAAAACAUUACACUCAAGUUAGCGCCUGGAGUUAAUUAUAAAGUUGGGAUUAACGCAUUUAAAAAGGAUCUUGUUGGACCAACCAGCUACAUCAGUUUUAGAAGGGCAGGCAAUUCUCUACCCGAAAUCGAAUCUUUACAAGUAAUAGUGCUAAAGGAUAUUGGUACAGCGGUCAAGUUGAGGUGGGAUAGACCAAAGUAUGCGAAGAAACUAAAUUGGAUGUAUGGUGUAUAUUAUGGUAUCAACCACCAGCAGCUCUUUGAAAGUGCUAGAAAUACAACUAUAAACGAAAGUAUCACAAUAACGAACUUGGAUUCCUGUGAAAACUACGUGUUUUCUGUUGGUUUGGUUGGUCCUAUUGGUUUCGGACCUCUAUCCGGAAAUAUCCAACAAGUUAGUACUUCUGAAAAUCCCAGGGCUCCACCUAAGAGGCUUAUAGUGGAAGAAGAUGGAAAUGAUCCUCUGCAGAUGAAAAUAUCUUGGAUACCGCCGUGUCCGUCACGCCAACCAGUGUUUUACAAGCUAUUGAUUACAGAAAAAAGCACAACGCAGACAUAUUUCCGCAAGGCAGAUGGUUCCCAUGCGAACAGCUACGUCUUUAAAGUAUUACAUGGUGGAAUUUACGAAGUUAAGGUUGCUACUGACGAACCUAAUGCGAUAUAUUCGAAAGCGGUAAAAUACUUUGCCCCUGCUAUAUCGCCACCCGUCGAACUAAGAGUGGGAGCAAUAAAUAAUGGCAGUUAUGUAGUGGAUUGGAAAGAUGAAGACUUGCCUCAGAAUAUCGGAAAGUAUCGAUAUGAAGUCUUCGUACAUGACGGUAAUAAGUUAAACGAGAGCAGCGCGCAGAAGUUUAUUGUGGACGGGCCACCAUUUGUAUACACAAACGCGUCUGCUAAGAUGUACACUUUUGCUGUAAGAAUAAAAACAUCCAAAGGUCUUAACUCGCAAAUGUCGCAUAGCCUCAGUUUAGAAAACCUCAAUGUGCAAGCUCCUCAAAAUAUGACCGCUGUCAUUGUGCCGAGCGUUUUAGUCAUUAUUGCUUUAUUAGCCGUUGUUGCAUUCCUCGUUGUAAGAAAUAAGAAAAUUCAGAACAGCUUUACGCGCUUUACAAACUCUCAUUAUGAUACCAGAUCUGAAGCAGCCACAUUUGACGACAAUAAUUUAGAAGAAGAUGACAGUCCUCAUAUUAGAGGAUUUGCUGAUGACGAACCCUUAGUUCUAGCGUAAUAAAUUUUUCUAAAGAAAUCUUAAUGUGAAAAUAUUAAUGAGUUGCUUAUAAUGAUUUACUAAUAAUAAAGUGUAUUGGGUUUUUAACUGCGAUAAAGGUUCUAGAAGUACCGGUCUAUCAGAUAUUAAAUUUGGUUGUCUUUCGAUUCCUAGUCUCCAUUGUAUUCUGUUUUGCCACAUUUAGCCCCAUUUCUUCCAUUUCGAUAUAUUCGUCGAUACCUUUUUUCCAACUUGUCGUGGUAUAACCUCUUCUAUGUCUUUCCUGUGGUGUCUAGUCUAGUAUCUACUUUGGUAACCAAUCUUCUCUCAUUCAAACAAUCAUUGUGUUUUUAAUUAACCUGCGAAUAUCCUCAUUAGAACUCUUUUAGUGGCCAAUCUUCGGAACCAUAUGUGACAAUACUUUGUAUAAUGGGGGUCCGGACAAAAAUCCCCACAAAUUCUCCCUGGACAAAAAAUGCCCGGACAAAUAAUCCCUGGACAAAAAAUUUUUGGACAAAAUAUCCCCACAAAAAUUUCCGGACAAAAAUCCCCAAGAAAUAUUUGCUGCCGAAUAGUUCUCUAAAAGUUUUCCCGAAAUUUUACCAAAUCUCGAAUUCCAAUUCCUUGCUGAAACCUUCAAAUUUUACAUGACAAAAGAGUGUGAGUUUUUUAAAAAAUCGUGGAAGGUAUGGGGAAUGAGCUAAGGCUCCGUUCUCAUGACAGGCGCUUUACGCGCGUUUUGAUAACGCGCGUACAACUACAUACAUUUUACUGAAGACCGUUCACAUGCCAACGCGCCUUUUAAUGACCUAAAACAGUUCACAUGCUAACGCGCGUUUUAGGUCAUUAAAACGCGCGUUCUAGGUUAUUAAAAUGCGCGUUGGCAUGUAUGUAGUUGUAAUCGCGCGUUAUCAAAACGCGCGUUAAGCGCCUGUCAAAAGAUCACUGCCUUAGCUCAUUCCCCAUAUCUUUCACGAUUUUUGAAAAAACUCACACUCUUUCGUCAUGUACAAUUUGAAGUUUUCAGCAUGGAAUUGGAAUUCGAAAUUUGGUAAAAUUUUGGGAAAACUUUCAGCAGCAAAUAUUUCUUGGGGAUAUUUUGUCCAAAAAAAUUUGUGGGAGUUAUUUGUCCGGGGAUUUUUUGUCCAGGGAUAAUUGUGGAAAUUUUUGGUCCGGGAUUAUUUGUCCUAGCUUCGUAUAAUGGUAUGGUAUACCCUUCUUUUGUUUUCUUUGGACAUAUUUUCGUCCCACAGAAUCCCGUUCAUAAUUUUUAUGGUUUUUCUUCCUUGCAUAUUCCAUCUUUUAUUGCUUCAUCCAUGGUAUAUCAUCUAUCAAUCUUCGAUAAAUACCACUUUAUCAUCCACAGUUUUCUCCUUAUUUGAAGCAAUUAUUCUCCAUUUAAUUUUUUUUAGUGUCCCUACUGGCUUAAAAUUGUUCUGAAGCCAUUUCUUUGUGGCAUUUACGUAAUUUAUUACAUAUUCUAACUGGGAAAUAAGCCACAAUUUAACUUAACAAAUGAUUUUAUUGACUUCCACCUCGGACGUCGUUAUCAAUAUACACAAUAUUACUGUAAUAUUUUGUAUUUUGAUAACGACGUCCGAUGUAGUAGUCGAAACGUCAAUAAAAUCAUUUUGUAAGUUAAAUUGUGACUUAUUUCUCAGUUAGAAUAAUAAAUUACUGGCUUAAAGGUGAAAUAAGAGAUCCAUGUUUUAUCUAUGGCUACAUAUUGACUCAAAACCCUUCAAAAUUUCCACUUAAAUUAUUUUGAAAAACGUACAUUUAAUAAUUAAUACAGAUUAUUAAUUCGCUUUGGGAACUGCUUUUUGGAAUAUUAUUUGGAAUAGAUCGGCUAUAUUUUAUAGAUGAUACACAGUACCUAAUAAUAGAUUUCUUAGGUCACUUGUUAAUAUUUAAACAUUACUAAACGCAUAUUGACUCUGGGAAUAUGUAUAUGUUAAGGUAAUAAAAUCAUUUAUUCGACUUUUAAAAGAUUUUUGUGAUUUUAUGUGUUGCUCAGUUACCAAAAAUAUAUGUAUUAUAUAAUUAAUGACUUGUAAGACCUUGACAAUUUUUUAUGAUUAAUACAAUGCAUGAUAUAUUUUACUGUUUUAAUACCAUAAAACAAUAUUAUAUUAACAAUAUUAUCUAAUGGGGUAUUACGUUAUGGAAUAUAUUUUAAAAGAAACUAGAGAAAUUGAGUUAGUACUAAGAUUGAUAUUAUUAUAUAAGUCAAUCAUACAAUUUCCGGACUACAUUAGGUUAGCUACGUCGAACUUUUGACAUCCUUUCUGUACAGUCGAACUUUCGACACCCAAUGUACAGUAUGGUGCAAAUGAAAGGAAUAACGUCGUUAUUUCGUAAACCGGCAACUUUAAGGAAACAUCCCGAAACAGGUCAAUUUUUAUUUUUAAAGUAUGACAUUUUGACAUAUAUGUCAUACUAGUGACGUCAUCCAUCUGGGCGUGAUGACGUAAUCGAUGAUUUUUUAAAUGAAAAAAGGGGUCGUGUGCUAGCGGAUUUGAAAGUUUAUUCAAUUCUCUAUUCAGUAAUGUAAACAUUUACAUAAUUAUUUAUACAGGGUGUCCAAAAAAUUUUUUCAAAUUAAAUUUUUUUACAAAAAAAAAUAAAAUUUAUGUAAUUUGUUUAAGUCAGAAUACAUUUUAUUGCUGUCAGAAAUCAGAAAAAAAUGUUUAUAUCACAAACAAACAUUGCUUGUCGUUUUAAUUAAAUGUUCAAACUUCCAAGAUGCAAGUGGUUGGCGGGAGCUGGCAUGAACAUUGAAUUUAAUCGAAAAGCAAUGUGCAUUUGUGAAAUAAACAUUUUUUUUUUGUUUUGGGCAACAGUAAAAUGUAUUUUGAAUUUAAUAAAUUACAUACAUUCUUAUUUUUUUGUCAGAUAAUUUAAUUUAAAAAAUUUGUUGGACACCGUGUUCAAAUAAUUAUAUAAAUGUUUAUAUUACUAAAUAGAUAAUUGAAUGACCUUUCAAAUGAGCUAGCACACGACUCCUAUUCCCAUUUAAAAAAAUCAUCGAUUACGUCAUCACACCCAGAUGGAUGAAGUCACUAGUAUGACAUAAAUAAUAUGCCAAAAUAUCAUAAUUUAAAAAUAAAAAUCAACCGGUUUCGGGAUUUUUCUGUAAAAUCGCUGGUUUACGAAAUAUCGAAUUUAUUCCUUUCAUUUGCACCAUACUGUAUAUUAUUUCCUGUUACUCCAUAGGGCAUCCACGAAGCUUCUCCAUUGGACUCUGUCUCUGGCCUUUAUUAGCUGCUACCUCUCCCCAGCUCUUUCUCAUACUUUUGUAGUCAGCUUCAAUUGUCCUUGUUUUCUUCGUCCUGCUACUGUCCAUUUUAGAGCUUUCUUUGUUAUGUCUGCGUUAUCCUUCCUCAGGGUGUGUCCCAGCCAAUUCCAUUUUUUCCCUUUUAAUUGCAAUUUCAAUUGGCUCUUGUUCUGUUUUCUUCCAGAGUUUUUGAUUUGUUAUGAUGUUGGGCCAAUAUACUUUUUUUUCGGAGGCACCUGUUUACAAAUACUUGCGACACUCAAUAUGAUACAUUAUUAUUUCCACUACUGCACUCAUGGUCUCUGCAAUACAGUGUAUACGUGCGCUUAUUUUUUCUGAUGUAAGACCUGAAUGCUCUUCUCCAGUGUCCUUUUUUAUCAGAAAGAUUCACUCAAUUUCCCUUUUAGUCCUUUUGUCUCAUAUAAAUUUUCUCCUCCUAGUGACUUUUAUCAUUUUCAUACUUUCUUCAUAUCUCUCUUUAUUUGUAUUGUUCAUUUUCUUCAUGACUUUUGGCGGCCUUCAGUAUUUUUGUCUUAAUUAUCUAAAUGGCUUAAAAGACCUGUUUUUAAUCGAAAGGUUUUACUGGUUUGUAAGUUAAGAUUGUCAAUAAUGUGUGCAAAUAUAUCGUUAAUACAUAAAUUUUGUGUACAUACAAUCGCUUCCAAAUCAUUCAAGCUAACAUUUUAUUUCAUUAAUUUUUCGAAAAUAAAAUAAAGCUAACCCCAAUCUCCAUUUGUCAGCCUUUUUUCCGCUUCUUAAGAAGUAAUCGUAACGCUUAAGAAGUAAUCUUGGUUAGCAGCCUCUUCUGAUUCACUCCUAGACAUAAACCUCUGUUUUGAGGUAUCUGGUUCCAGUUUCUCCUUACUUUUUCUUUAAUUUUGUCGAUCCAUGUUUUUUGUGAUUUUCCUAGUAGUAAAGCUUAGUUUGCCGUUUGCUAUCCAUGCCAUUCUUAUUCUUCUUGUAAUUUCCGCAGUUUAAUUUUGUUUCCCUUGCUUUAUUUUAUGCCCCAAGUACACAUACUCUUCUACAUUUUCAAUGUUUCUAUGAUCAAGAGUGCAACUAUUAGUCCUACUUUUUGUUAUAUACUUGUUUUAAUUCUAUUAACAUUUCUAUACGAAAUACUAGAAGAAUGUAGCACAAGAGGGUGUCUAUAAAACUGUACAGUAUAACAUUUUAUCUUAAAUUUUUUACGUUAUCUGGUCAAGGUGUUCUUACAAGUUACUUGUUUAAAUGGUGCAUCUCUGUAUUGUAUAACUUAACAACUGUGUAUUGUAUAACUGUGUUUAGUUAGUUAGUUAAAUUUAGACACGUUUUAAUAUGAUUUUUAUUUGGUUCUAUUUAGUUACUGGCAGUACAUAUACAGAGCUGCGCUAGUAAUAUUUCCUAUUAUUAGUAUUUUUACGGGAUCUUGAAAUAAGAAAAUGUGAUGUCUAGUUAUUAGUUUACUUUUAUAAGUUAUAAUAUAUCGAUGGAAAUGAUGUAAUGGAAACAUGUCUGUGUAUAUAAAAUAGAUUAUUCAUGAUUAUUAGAGACUGACUCUAUUUAAGGUUUCCAGAAAGAUUGUAGACAUUUUUGUUGAUAUACUUAUUCGUCGAUCCUAUAGCAAUAUAAUGUAGCAAAAUUGAGAAUUAAAAAUGUUUUUAACAAUCUUCUUUUAUUUAAUUACAGUAAAAGCUCUUUAUUCGCGGGGUAUACGUUCCGUAAAUAUGCCGCGAAUACGGAAACCGUGAAUAUGGAAUGGUCAUUUAUAUGGGAUUGUAUGGGAUACGUUCUUAGGUGACGAAAUAAAAAAGCAAACAGCUAAAAAAAAAUCAGUUUAAUUGAAGUUUUGGCCAUACAGAUUGAUUAAUUACAUAUUAUCUUCAGCUUUAGGCAAUCGUUUAAAGAAUUUAGUAAACUCUUGCUUGGCAGUUUUCAAAAAUUGCUUCAAUUCAGACUGAUAUUCAGCAGUGGCAUUAGCAUUUUGCCUCUUAAAAAUAAGACUUCGUUCCAUAAAUGGAUCAAUUUUUAUAAAUAAAUCACAAUGCUCAUUUGCCAUUUAUAAACCUUCACUAAGAUUUUUUAAAUUAAAUGUCAUGUUUUGAGUGCUUGUUGAAGCCUCUUCUUCAACGGGUUGUGAAUUUAACAUUUCCUCUAAGUCUGGUUCAAGCAACUCCUAAACGUCACUUGAUAGUAACUGUUCGAACCCAUCUUGUCCUCUUCCACCCGCAAUUUCGGCAAUGUUUGCAGUUAAAAUUUGAACACAGAUUCUUCCUCAUUUCCUGCACUCCGAACAGGCCACAGUUUUUUUCAGCAUGAUUUCAAUGUGUCUGGUUUCUUGUAAUGAUUCUUUUAUGUUUACGAUCAAGCAUUUCUAUUUUCACUUUAAGUAAUAAAAUGAUUUUUUUCGGAUCGAAAUCCGUUUUUCAUUUUUUUUAGUCAACAUUAUAAAUUAGGAAGAUAUCGGAAGAGACGUGUCACUUAAUUACAAUUUUUGUAACGAAUGGAAAAAUAAAAUAAUAAACACGAAAUGCAGCUCUUGCCCAAGCAUGGAACCUGUGAUUGCGGCAGAAUUUAAUGCUCUAGGUUUUGAGUAAUACAUAAUUUAUUUUACUUAAACAUUCUCUUUGUUUACAGUCUCAAAAACACCGAUGACGGCGACAGCGGGUUACCUCAAAGGCACUGCCGAUGCCGACAGCUUUUGGAAAUUUAAUCUAGGUGUAGUUGUAAUAAGGUCAAUUUAAUUUUUUUAUUAGUCGAUUUGCUGACUCAUUGACAGAUGGUACCAAAUGUUUUUUAUUUAGGUAUAUUAUAAAAUUCGAUCCGCGAAUAAAGAAAUCUUGGGCCGCGAAUAUGGAAAUUGGGUCGCAUUUUUUUAAUCCACGAAUAGUGAAAACGCGAAUAAAGGAAGCGCGAAUAAGGAGCUUUUACUGUAUACAAAAAUUUAUUUAUAGCUCACUUACAUACUGGUAUAUUUUACUCCUAAUCUCUGGACCGUUUUUUUAGGACUCGAUGGAUAUGUUGUCACUCGUCCUUUUUCGUCCAAUACAGACAUUUCGAAAAAAUUGUUUUUUUUUAUGAGUUUUUAUUUACAGUCAACUUCUUAAGAGUUUUAAGUAAAUUUGAAUGAACUUUUUAAGCAAGCAAGGAGGAGCAUCCAAUGAUGCUUCGCCUUAAAGGUUUAUUUCACUGUUGUGUUAAAUCUUGUGGCCACGAUCGCUGGAGUCUUCUAAUUAUUGGUCCAUUCUGGUAGAGAUGUUCAAUCAGUGUCUUGUUCGACUUUCAUGGUUGGUCGCUGCCAGCUGUAUUUCGUCCCUUACGUGAAUGAAUGAAUGAAUAUUCAGAUCAUUGUGAAUUAUGAGAUUACUGACAUACCAGGGUGCGCCAGUAAUUGAGCUAAGAACUUUCGAUUGAAAUCGCUGUAUAGUUGUGAUGUGUGUUAAUUUAGCGCAUCCCCAGAGAUGGAUACCGUACAUCCAAAUUGGUUUCAUUAUGGUUUUGUAUAGGAGUAAUUUGUUAUUUAAUGACAAUUUGGAUGUCCUACCAAGGAGCCAGUACAUAGACGGAGGGGCAGCGCUGAAAAAUCUCUUUGAAUUUACUAAAGCUAAAUUUUUCACAGUUGAUUACUGUUAUUGUGUAGAGAAACAUACUGCGGUCGGUCAAGCGAAACGUAGAACAGGGGUUACUGAGAGGGUAUCAAAGUUGCUUUCCUACGAAGGUAAUUAAAUCCAUUUACUAAGGCUGAAAGUCAGUACACACAUUCUAAAUUGAAUAUAAAUAAAAGUUAUUAUAGUCGGUCAGCUGUAUGACGGGACAGAGCCGGUCGGUCGGCCCCAAUGAAUGUACAGGGUUAUUCACUAUAUUUUGACCCCCUUGUAAACUGCUUUUUUACAGAAUUAGAAAAAAAAUGUAAUAUACAAAAGUUAUUCGAUUUUUAAUUAUGAUUUUUUGACAUAUAUAUCGUACUAGUGACGUCAUCCAUCUGGGCGUCAUGACGUAGUUGACUAUUUUUUUAGAUGAGAAUAGGGGUCGUGUGCUAGCUCAUUUGAAAGGUUAUUCAAUUCUCUAUACAGUACUAUAAACAUUAAGAUCAUUAUUUGUACAGGGUGUCCAAAAAAUUUUUUGAAUUAUUAAUUAAACAAUUAAUUUAAUAAAAAAACAUUUUUGGGCACCUUGUAUAAUUAAUCAUGUUAAUGAUUAUAUUACUGAAUAGGGAAUUGAAUAACCUUUCAAAUGAGCUAGCACUCGACCCCUAUUCCCAUUUAAAAAAAAUAGUCGAUUACGUCAUCACGCCCAAAUGGAUGACGUCACUAGUACAAUAUAUAUGUCAAAAAAUCAUAAUUUAAAAAUCGAGUAACUUUGGUAUUUUACAUUUUUUUCUAAUUCUGUAAAUAAAGCAGUUUACAAGGGGAUCAAAGUAUAGUGAAUAACCCUGUACAUUCACUGGGGCCGACCAACCGGCUCUGUCCCGUCAUACAGCUGACCGACUAUAAUAACUUUUAUUUAUAUUCAAUUUAGAAUGUGUGUACUGAUUUUCCGCCUUAGUAAAUGGAUUUAAUUACCUUCGUAGAAAAGCAACUUUGAUACCCUCUCAGUAACCCCUGUUCUACGUUUCGCUUGACCGACCGCAGUAUAUUUCUCUACACAAUCAUAGUAAUCAACUGUGAAAAAUCUAGCUUUAGUAAAUUCAAAGAGAUUUUUCAGCGUUGCCUCUUGGACUAACAUUUGUCUGAACUAGAGAUCCAACUGCCUGCGUUUCAUUUGGAUGUGUUCAUUCCAUGUUAGCCUUUGGUCGAUAUGCAAUCCAAGGUAUUUCACUUCUGUGCUGACGGGGAUGUGUGUAUUGUUAAGUGUGAGUGGAUGGCAGAUUUCCCGGCGGGUGGUAAAUGUUACUUGUACUGACUUUCUUUCAUUGAUUUUAACUCUCCAUUGAAUGUACCAUUCUGCGAGCAGGUUUAGGUGGGUUUGGAGGUGAGAAGAGGCAUCUACUGGAUUCUCACUAGUUGAUAAUGCAGCUACGUCAUCUGCAAAUGAUACAAUUGUAGUAUUGUGUGUUUCUGGCAAAUCCGCUGUGAAAAACAGGAAAAGUAGUGGACCCAAAACGCUGCCUUUUGGGACCCCCGAUUCGAUGGUACAAAUGAUGGAUUCAGCGCUACCAUGUCUAACGGAGAAGCUUCUAUUUGAUAGAUAUGAUCUGAAUAUGAGGUAGUAGUUACUCGAAAGAGUAUUUUUUUAAUUUAAAGAGCAGUCCAGAGUGCCAUACUCUAUCGAAAGCCUGGGCAUCUCUGAAAAAAAUUGUUAAAACAGUUUUACUAAAUAUAUUUUAUUUUUUGGCUGACUUUAUAUGUGCUAUUUUUAUCUUUGUUUAUGGAUUUAAAAUGGUGGUUCGAUUGGUAUAGUAUAUGAACCAAAAUUGAUCUACAAUGUAAGUUUCCAGUUUUAUUUUCCAUCUUGGACAUAAUUAGCAAUGAUUACAAUUUUGUUUGUUACGUUUUUGGGAAUAAGGUUUAUAAUUUGACCAAUAAAAACGAAUUAAAACUAUUAUCUAAAAUUUAUUAUCAAGUAAGUGUUAUCAAUUUUUAUUCCAGGUGUUUUUAAAUGGUUAAAUCUGUAAUAUUUGUCGAAUCCUGUGGUCCCAAUUAAUAUAGAAAAUUUAAACGAAAAUCUUGAGUUGGCUCUUAAAAAGGUUACUAAAUAUGACAAGUUCCGAAAAUAAAUGACCAGCACAGAAAGACAAGCAUUAAAUUAUAAUAUUUGAAGUAAGGUGGACUGUUCAGUAAUUUUAAUGUUUUAAGAUUACUGAAGAUAAUGUAACCGCAAGCAGGUCAAAAGCAGGAACAAAGACAUAUUCGCAAUUCAGCAAUAACUACAUGGCAACAGUAGGAUAUGUGCGUAAGAAAAACGCAAUUGAAAAUUUUACGAAAUUUCAGUACUUAAUAACUUUUUUAUAUUUGAAUAGAUUUACAUGGAAUUUUGUUUGACCAUCUAGCUUCACGGGCGUCACACAUCAAUUUUUAUUAAUUCAUAAAAAGUGACAAAUAAUUGGAAACCAAGUUACUUGUCGUACUGUUGUCUUACAAGAUAAUCUGUUUUUUAACGAUAUCCGUAAAUUUUUGUUAAACUUAUAUAGAAUUUCUGAAGUUUUGUUUAAAAUUUGAACAUACUUAUUUUAAAAUAAUUUAAAAUAACAGUUUGACAAUAAAGAUAAUAAACAAAAUAAAAUGAAAAAAUGAUCAGAAUCAGUUUUAAUCCAGGAACCGAAGCUUUUCACCUCGCAAUUUUUCAGAAUGGAUCGAUUUUCUUGAAAAUUUGAGAAUACGUAGUGGAUAGUCCAAGGAUCAAAAUCUAUAUGAUGCCGAAAGGCGCUUUUACGAUGGGGGUGGCUGCCACCCCAUGUCGGGGGUGGAAAUUUUUGAUUAUAUUUUGACCGCAAUAGUUGGUAAAAACGUUUAUUCUAAGCAAACAACGUUCCAUACAUUUUUUUGAUAAAAUGUAAUAGUUUUCGAUUUAUUCGCUAUCGAAAGUGUUAGUUUUAUAUAGAAAAAUCAAUGUUUUUCGAUAUAUACUCAUUUAAAAUUCACUCAAUUUUUGCCGUAGAAAAAAUUUUUUGAAACCUAGUUCUUGGGAGUUAAAUAACCUACAGUGCCAUAUUAAAACAUUUUUUCGUAUAUCUGAUGCUAAUCUUUCUAUUCUGAAGAAAAUGGCAUUUUUUACCAAACUACAAAAAGUCGUUAUUUGAUUUUAACUCCAAUUUUUUUUAAAAACUAAUCAUUCUAAGCCAGUCAAACUUCUAGAAUAUAUUAAUAAUACACAAGUAAAGAAGAAUGGAUAAGGCCAAUGACUAAAAACACCGCUAACUUACAUUAUUAUGCUUCCAAUUGGAUUUCUCCUUUUUUUUUUCAAAAAAAUAUAUUGAUUUUUUAACCGUAACCUUUUUAGUUUUUAUCUUAGAAAUUUGGUAAAAAAGAAUUUUGUAGAUUUUUAUAAGGGCUGUAAGGCUAUUAGUAUUAAAUCCUUUUAAAAUCAUCAGUCGUAGAAAGUGGUGACUUUGAUAGGGUUGGUAAAGGUGGUUUUUGCAUGUUAUUACCAGUUUUAAUUGUCAAUAGCUCACUCAAUUUUUACCGUAAAAAAAAUUUUUGCAAAACCAGUUCGUUGGAAUUAGAUAAGCUAUAAUUUUAUAUUUAAACAUUUUUUCGUAUCUAUGAUGCUAAUCUUUCUAUUCUGAAGAAAAGUUAAUUUUUUACCAAACUCCAAAAAUUCGUUAUUCGCUUUUGACUUCAUUUUUUUUUAAACUAAUGAUUCUAAACCGGUUAAACUUCUAGAACCUAUUAAUAAUAAAUAAAGAAGACCAAAUAAGUUCAAUGAUUAAUUUUCAUUAGGGUGGUGAUAAGGGGUUUGCUUCUGCUUCCAAUAACUAUUUCACUGAAAAAAAAAAUAGGGACUGACAUUAUUUUCAUUAUAAGCCACUUAAUUUUUGAGCUAAAGACUUGUUUUGUAUUUCUGGAGAUAUAUAUUUUUAAAUACUUCAAAUUAGUUUAAACAUUUUAUCCACGAAAAAUGCAUAAUUUUCCCGUCUUUUGACUUUGAUAUUACAAUAUUUAGCAUUUGACGAAGAAGACCUAACAUAUAAUAAAGUAUAGCUCGAUUACUAUUGGUCUAACAGAAAAUAAAAAAAAACGGUUUUGUUGAUUUUUUCACAAGGUACAUUUUUUUAAGCUAAGUUGUUUUGAUAAAACGAAAACUUUUUGAGUUAUUUGCAGAAAACUGAUUAAAAACAUUGAUUUUUUCGAAUAAAACUAACACUUUCGAUAGCGAAUAAAUCGAAAACUAUUAAUUUUAUCAAAAAAAUGUAUAGUACGUUCUUUGCUUAGAAUGAACGUUUUUACCAACUUUUGCGGUCAAAAUAUAAUAAAAAAUUUCCACCCACGGCAUGGGGUGGCAACCACCCCCAUGGUAAAAGCGCCUUUCGGCAUCAUAUAGAUUUUGAUCCUUGGUAUAUCUACUACUUAUUUUCAAAUUUUCAAGCAAAUCUAUCCAUUCUGUAAAAAUUGCGAGGUUUGGUCCCAUUUUAAGCUUUAUUACUUGGACUAUCUUGGUAAUAGCGGAUGCUGAAAGUUGUGAAAGUAAAAGCUUAUUGCAUUUCCUUAAAUCAGUUAAAUCCGUGUGAAAUUUCUAAAGGGGAAUUUAUCAUGGUAUUGACACUAUCGCUAAAUAAUCAGUAAUUUAACUUAACUUUUUCCUGUGUUUUCUUCUAAAUUACCUAUCUUCAUCUAGAUUAUAUCAUAUGUAACUAUAUUAUCUAACUAUAUUAUAUAACUUAAUGUUGCAUUAAUGUUUGUGACCAAAAUGGAUAAACGACAAAAUAUAACAGUAUGAUAUGUAUGUUGUCUUAGUGUUACAUUAUAGAAUUUGGGUUAAAGGGAAUUAAGCUAAACAAGGAUAUAUGUAACAUUAUGAAAAAAGUAUUUCCCUUUUUAUUUAUCUUAGUGUUACAGUCAACAGAAGGGUUUAUUUCGAAUAACUUAUUGACAUGAAUAUCACAAAAGUCAUUUUUUACAUAUCCUACUGUUGCUCUGGGCGGCGAUAUACUGAUUACCAUCCAUUGAUCAGGUUGAUCUUGGAAAGCGUUCCCACAUCGUCAUGAUGGUUUGAAGAUAAUUUACUAACUACUACAUAGUGAGACGAAUAUUCACAUUUGUAAUAAAUAAAAAAAUAUAUUGGGACCGUGCAAGUUCGGCAAAGCGACACCUAUUUCUACGCUCUGCAACUUUAUUCGCACUUUUAAUUAUAUUGGCCAAUUAUAUUAGUCCUGGUUACUGGAUAAUUGUCAAGGCCAUAGUCCAAAAAAAUAAUAAGAAGACAAAGUAAGAUUCAGGUUAUGUUAUUAAAACGUAAACAAUUGUAUGUAGUAAAUAAAAUUAGUUAUUAAAAUGCAGUACUGCAAGCAAAAUACAAUUAAUUAAAUUUACCUUUAUAUAAUAAUUGCAUAUUAUAUCAAUAUUGUGGAGCAACAUAUAAUUUUUCUUCUUAAAUGACAGUAGAUAUGAAAUGUACGUCAAUUUGACAAUUUCAAUUGACAAUAUGAAUUAUUUAAGAAAGUUGAAAUAUUUCUCCGCUAUUCGCGCACGAUCAUUUCUCAAUUCCCUUCCAAGUACUUGCACACCGCGAAUAGCAACUUAUGCCGUACUGCAUAUGCAAUAAAAAAAAUAAAUGGCAGUUUAAAACAAAUAUGCUGAACUGAAAAAUUGUGCAGACUGCAGCCGAUCUACAGAUACGUCACCAAUAUAAUAUUUUGCAACAUUUUUUCUGCAAUAAACCGUCAGCAAACUUAAUAAUUAAUAUUAAGAAUAUUUUUUCUAUUGAAUGAACUGAAAUUAAUACUAAAAAAGGCUGACGUGACUAAUAGUUUUGAUCUCUAAAUGAGGUGAAAUGAUAACAAUUAUUUGAUACUCUUUAUGUUUUAAUAUAGGUUUUAGCAACAUUUUGGCCUUAACUAAAAGGUUCUAACCUCUUUAUAAUUAUAUAUGUAUUGUUCAAUAAAAUGUGCCAAACAGCAUA